CAUAACAAAUGUAUACAUAAUCACAUCCCCUCUCCAGGCUCUCCCUGCACACCUACACUGCCAUGGCGUCCUCAGCAAUCUGGAUAUCAACAAUUCAGCAAAAUCCCCAAAACCUUCCUCUACUAUUCCCUCUCCUUCCAAUCUCUCCCCUUUCUCACUCUCGCACCAUCCAAUUUCACAGACCAAACCACAAUCACGCCCUCAAGCAUCUCCACUCCUCUUUCCAACCUCUCUACGCCUCCGUUUCACCACCUCGCCCACAAGACCAGGAUGAAGAUGAAGACGAAGACGACGAAGAACCUGCCAUCGGUGACUGCCUCGUCUACGAAGAGGGCAUUUUCCACGACCCGUUUAUCGAAAACACCACCAAUUCUAGGCGCUCCGCCGCUCGCACCACUACGUCGACUGCCAAUAAAGACGCGGAUGUCGCCGCGGAAAACCUAAUUCCGGAGGAGUGGCUGGAUGUGCAGAAGGAAUUGAACAUCUCAAAGAAGGAGCGGCGGAAGAUGGCGCAGGAAUUGGAGUACGGCACGCGGGUGAUGAAGCGGAGGCAGGCUCUGAUGCCUCUGAAUUCGGAGGGGCAGGAUAAAAUUGAGCAAGCGAGGCUGGAGAAAUUUGAGAAAAUUAAGCAGGAGAAGAUAAAGCAGCUGAGCCCCGUGGUGCUUGAUAAUCCCAAGAAGGAGUAUUUUAGGGAGAUUGAGCCUCGGAAGGAGGCAAAUGGAGAGGCUGGUGGAGGUAGAGUGACGCCGAGGAAUCCGAGGCUGGCAGUGUAUGGAGGAGGGUUGGAGGAUGUUUCUGCGUUUUUCAGUAGUGGCAAGUAUGAGAGCGGUGCUGUUAAUAAAUCUCAAGGCACUCGUAAAUUAUUCUCACAAGAAGAGAAGGCAAUGAUGAAUAGGCGGGUUCCUGAUGUAGCAAUUGCUACCUCGGGAAAAUGGCAUCCUGUGCAUACCCUUGUUGCUGCUGGAGAAUUUUACCUUGUUGAUUCUUUGUUAAAGCACAACCUUGAUAUUAAUGCCACAGACAAGAAUGGUUUGACUGCAAUUCACAAAGCAAUACUUGCCAAGAAGCAGGCUAUAUUUAACUUCCUUUUAAGGGAAUCAGCAAAUCCAUUUGUUCGUGACAAUGAUGGAGCUACCUUAAUGCACUAUGCUGUCUUUGCAGCUUCUACUCAGAUGAUAAAGAUCUUGUUAUUGUACAAUGUUGACAUAAAUCUUCAAGAUAAUGACGGAUGGACACCAUUGCAUUUAGCAGUGCAAUCCCGUAGGACAGAUAUACUGAGGCUUUUGCUGCUCAAGGGCGCUGAUAAAUCUCUAAAGAACAAGGAUGGAUUAACUUCUCUAGAUCUGUGCCUCUACUCUGGUAGAGAUACAAGAACUUACGAACUCAUUAAGCUCCUCAAACGCAUUUACUAGUCUCCAGCCGGUCAACAAAUCAUCCAUCCGACUGCUUUUCCUGCAAUCAUGGCUCGGAUGGCUGGCUGGUGGUAUUUGUCUAAUCAUGACCGUCCCCGGAACUUUCCAGCUUAUAAUUUAGCUGCAUCAUUUACACGGGACAGCUGCUUAAAGUCGGAGCAAGGCCCGCACAGACAUCCUUCCUCGCCAUGCUAUGAUGCAGCUGAUACACAGCUCAUGAAGGAAAAUGCUGCACUCAACCAUCUCAUUGCCACAAAUUUGAGAAUGAUAUGGCUGGAUUUAGAGAUCUUUUUCAUCUCUUGUAUAUUGUAAUUUUAUGUUCAGAAAAUGAAUUGAUAAGAAAAACAUUCUUGCAUAAAGUUAAAUUAAAUCAUGUAGUAGAUUUGCAUCCCUUACAAGAUAUUUUAAGCAACUAUUAUAUUCCUUCUUC